AUGGCGCAGACUUUGAUCACAGACACCGACAAGUCUGCGUUGGUGGAUAUUUUCGUUUGGAUAUUUUUGGUCAUCGCCGUACUCUCAGUUAUCGCCUCGACUUCAACAAAAAUAGCGAUUCGAGGACGACCGACAACUGAAGAUUAUAUUAUCCUGGUAGCUCUAGCAUUUUGUAUUGGGCAGUCCAUCACUGUUGGGAUCCAGGAUCAGAAUGGAUGGGGGAGAUAUACCGACACUUUAAGUGAAUCUCAGCUGCAGACAGUUUUAAAAGGCGACUAUGCUGCGAGUUUCUUAUUCAUUACAUCCAUAUGCCUCACGAAAAUUGCCCUGCUUGUUCUAAGCCUCCAAUUUGCCCUGCUGAAGCAAUACAAGUACACUAUAUAUGCUCUCGGGACCAUAGUGAUCCUAUGGACAAUGUCAUCAAUGUUCGUGGUCGGUUUUCAAUGCCGUCUGCCUGAACCAUGGAACUAUGUCAAUAAUAUCUGUGUGGGAAGGAAAAACUUUUGGAAUUUUUAUGGGGUGAUGAACAUUCUGACCGAUGUUAUCCAAGUCGGCCUAAUGAUCACCAUCACAUCUCAGAUUCAGACUUCAACAAAGCGCAAAAUAACCAUCGGCUCUGUUUUUGGAGCCCGCUUACUUGUUGUGGUCGUGGUGGCUUUACAACUUUACUUUCUCAACCAGGUCCCCGACACCAGCAAUGCGACAUUCGAUUACUGGCAGAUGACAAUCUGCACUCAGAUUCUCCAAUCCCUUGCAGUCGUCACGGCAUGUAUGCCGUUCCUCAAACCUUUCCUUGAUAGCCUUGAGUCCGGGUUACUUCGUGCGGAUGAUCAAUACCGCCGAUCGACCGCCAAGGGAUCUUAUCGAUACAAUUUAUCCGGGUCCAAGUCGUCUGCGAGAAGGGCAGCACGCAGAGAGGCUGGCGAGUUCAACGAACUGGGCGUGUUGAGUUCGAACCAUGGCCGUGCACGUAAUGGCCAUGGGUCGCAGGUUGAAAGCGGUGGGGUAGACUGGGAUGAAUCGAACAGCCAGUCGAGCCAGUCGCGGAUAAUCAAGGAGACGCGGACGUUCACAGUUGACGUUGAGGUACGUAAUAACCACGGUAAUGAGUUCUGA